AUGCCGCCUUCCUUAUCUCUACCAACCGUGCAUGUGCCCCCACCGCUCCACUCAAUCCACCUCCACGCCCCACCCACCCAUCUCUCUCAUUCUUGCUCCCCUGCGUCUCUCCUUCUGCGCCUCUCCAUGAGCCCUCUCUCACCCCUCCCUGCACCUCUUUCACGCACCCCUGCCCACGCGCCAGGCGGAGCUGAGUGGGGUGGUGGGCAUGGACGUGUGGGGGGCGGCCAGGGCGCGCAGCAAGGACGCGGUGAAGGCGCUGCAGGCGCGCGUGGGGGAGAUGAGGGGCGGCGUGGCGGCACGCAGGGAGGCCGUCAAGAAGCUCGAGCGCAUGGUGGGUGGAGACGGGGGGGGGGGGAAGGGAGAGCGGGGAAGGAAGUGAGCAGCUUUGGUAGUGAGCUUGGUCGUCAUCGCGUCCCCUUGUCACGUCUCAUCUCAUGUCAUGUGGCUGUUGAGUCAUUUCUGCUCAUCCCCAUGCGCCUCUUCCCUCACGUGCCACUGCACUCUGUGGUGCAUCACAUGACUCCCUGCCAUGCUGCUACCUGCUCCCAUGGCCCCAUAUCAGCGUCCUCACCUGCCCGUCCCAUCCACUCGCCCACCACCAGGGCGGCACGGCAGCAGCGAGUGGGAGUGCAGCAGCGGCAGGCGGAGCAGCAGCUGGCAUCAGCCUGCCAGCAGCUGGCGUCCCUCGUGGCUCCGCGCCUGCAGGCCGCCGUGGCCCUCUCGCACUCCCACGCCCUCGCCCUGCACUCCGCCGUGCUCGCCUCCCUCUCUGGAGGGGAGGGGGAGGGGGGUUGGGGUGCAGGUGGGGGGAGAGUGGGUGGAGCUAGGGCAGGGAGGGGCGAGGAGGAGGAGGGGAUGGAGGAGAGGGAGCGAGCGCUGAUGACAGGGAUCGCGUCUCUGCAGGGCGAGGUGGGUGCGAGGGAGGAGCAGGUGGAUGGAUGGGCGGUGCGAGCGGGGCUGAGAGAGCAGCAGCAGCGGCUGGGGGAGUUUGAGGCGCAUGUGGGGGGGGCGGUGGGGGGAGGGGAGGUGCUGGUGUGUGACAGGUGUCAGCAGCCCAUUGAUCCGCUGCAUGCGCAGGAGUGCAGCAGGCAGCUCAGGGCGGAGGUGGAGGAGACGCAGCGACAGCUGGCAGCCAAGCAGCAGGUGGAUUUAUUGUUGUGUUACGCCCUUGUUGAGCUUGUCUCCCUUUUAAAAAUCCGCGCAAGAGGCACUGCAGGGAGAGUUGGUGGGCGUGCGGGGAUGGCUGGAGGCGCGGCGGAGGGAGAGGAGGGAGAGCGAGGAGAGGGAAGCGCAGGCGAGGAGGCAGCAGCAGCAAGCGGCCAUGGCGCAGCAGGAGGAGGUGCGGGCUGGGUGGAUCUGAAGGCAGUGCAGCGCUACACAGCAGCAGCCUCGCAGGCACUAGACUCACUGCUGCUCUUCCUGCACCGCCACCAACCACUGCCCGCCACCUCUGCUCCCACCGCGGGCCUGGAUGGCGAGGGCGUUGGGGCGUGGCGGCAGGAGGCGGUGGCGGGCGUGAUCCGCGAGGCAAGAGACGCGCUGGCAGCGGGGGAGGCGGCGCAGGCGGAGGUGGAGAGGUGGCGGCGGGAGGCGGAGAGGGAGCGGGCGGAGGGCAACCCGCAUGAAGGGGAGAGGCGGCGGCUGGUGGAGAUGCUGGGGGAGGCGAGGGGGGAGGUGGAGGCGGUGGAGGGGGAGGUGGAUGCGGGGGAGGCGCAGCUGGGGGUCAUGAAGCAAGUGGACUCCGCCUUUGGGCUCGCUGGCGUGCAGAGCUUUGUGUUGGAGGGCGCACUGUGGGAGCUGGACGCCCAUGUGGCGCGCUACCUCGCUGCACUCUCCGGGGGCGCGCUGCACCUGCACCUCUCGCCCACGCGCGCCGCCGCCACUGCCACCAAGGCCGCCCGGGGGAAGAAGUCAAGGAAGGCCAGUGGGGCAGGGAAGAAUGGGGCGGCGGGUAGCAACACAGACUCAGAAGCGUCGAGCGACAGUGGGGGAAGUGAAAGGGGAGAGGGGGACGAGGAAGGGGCAGCAGAGGAGGCGGGAAAUGGCAGCGGCGGGGCGGGGCAGGUGUUGGAGAGGAUAGACAAGAGUGUGCGUGUGCGCCUGGCCUCGGGGGAGCUCGUCCCGCGGGCGCUGCGCCAGCUCAGCGGGGGGGAGCGGCGCCGUGUGGCGCUGGCCCUGGCGCUGGCGUUUGCGGAGCUGGCGGCGGAACGCAGUGGUGUGCGGUUCGACCUGCUGGUGCUGGACGAGGUCUUCCAGGCACGCUGCUGCUGCCCCCUCCCCCCCACACCCUCCCCCCCUCGCCCACUCAUGUGCUGCUUGCUGCCUGUUCAUGUGCCCCUCUAUCUGCUCAUCCCUCUGCUCUCCCUGCCUUUCUUCCUUCCGUGUGCUGCCGUCUGUGUGAUCCUCACCUCUCCUCUCCUUCGCCCACGUGCUGGCUCGUGGAGUGCUCCUCUAUCUGCGCACCCUCUCUUCUCCCUGCCUUGCAUCCUUCGUGUUCCUCAUUUGGACGAUGAGGGAGUGGCAGCGGUGGCAGCAGUGCUGAGGUCGCUGCCACAGCGCACGGUGGUGGUGGUGUCGCAGGCCAACAGCCGGGAGGCACUCGCAGAGUUUGGAGUGGUGGACUGGGUGGUCAAGAGGAACGAUGUUGCCACAGUGGAGCUGGCACACAUGUAG